CCUCCCUCCACCAAGUACCAUGACCAUCGACAUCAUCGCCACCAUCCUCUCGGUCGUCGUGUUGCUGCUGGCACUGCCCGUGACCUUUGCCGGCUACAAGCUCCAAGUCCUCACGGGCGCCGUCUCCAGCUUCUUCGCCGCCGCUCUUUGGUGCAAGCUCAUCAUCGCUGGCUUCAUGCGCAGCUCGUUCCUCACGCUUCUCAUCGGCAUCAUUGCGGCGGUCGUUGCCGCACGUAUCCACGUGGUUGGUCGCUUUGGCACCGUCGCGCUCGCGGUGCUCUUGAUCACUGAGGCCGUCGUCGCCAGCAUCUACACCUACUACGCGCUCGCUAUCGUCAUUGUCUCAGUCGUCACGAUCACCAUCGCGUAUCUGAGCUACAACUCACGCAAAGCGCUAAUUCUCUCGUCGGCGUUCUCAGGGGCAGCGCUGCUCGCGGGGGCCGUCGCGAUCUUGACAGCGACAACCGACCGCGCUUUUGACCGCUACGAACGAUCGUUCGAGAUGGACAGUGACGGCACCAUGGUUAUUCUUGUGCUUGCGCUGGCGUUCCUCGGUGGCCUCGUGGUGCAAUUCCGCUUCACGGCGCCCCUCGACACCCCGCCCGCGCCGACACUCGCAAGUGAAGAGACACCGCGCACGGCUCCGUACGCAGCUGUCUAG